CGGGGGCCCGGGUGGCAUCAGGCCCCGGGACAGGGGCGGCCUGGGUGGCCCCCGACACGCGGGACAGCAGCCGCCACCAGCGACCGGGGUAUGACGGAGCUCCCCUCUCCAGGCCACCCCGAGGAGAAGGCCGAAGGCCCUGCAGGCGCGGGCCAUGGGGGGCUGCCGGGUGCUGCUGCUGUGGGCGCUGGUGCUGGCGGCGGGCGGCUCGGAGCUGGUGUAUAGGCCCGGCCGCCGGGUGUGUGCCGUCGGGGUUCCUCGGGGCCCCGUGACCGAGUCCUUCCUGCAGCCCGUGUACCAGCCCUUCCUCACCACCUGCGGCGGGCACCGCGCCUGCAGCACCUACCGAACCAUCUACAAGACAGCCUACCGCCGUCGCGCCGGGCCGGCCCCCGCCUGGCCGCGCUACGUCUGCUGCCCCGGCUGGACGCGGGCCCCCGGGCUCCCCGGGGCCUGCCGAGCAGCGAUAUGCCAGCCGCCGUGCCAGAACGGAGGGCGCUGUGUCCAGCCGGGACGCUGCCACUGCCCGGCCGGGUGGCAGGGAGGCAGCUGUCAGACAGACGUGGAUGAGUGCAGCGCGGCGCGGGGCGGCUGUGCCCAGCGGUGUGUCAACACGGCCGGGAGCUACUGGUGCCAGCGCUGGGAGGGGCACAGCCCCCCUGCGGACAGGGCGCUCUGCCUGCCCAGGAGAGGGCCCCCCGGGGCGGCCCCGAGCCCCACAGGAGGAGCUUCCGGGGAGGUGCAGGAGGAGGUGCAGAGGCUGCGGUCACGGGUGGACGUGCUGGAGCAGAAGCUGCAGCUGGUGCUGGACCCCUUGCACAGCCUGGCCUCGCGGGCACUGGACCAGGGGCUGCGGGACCCCGGCCGCUUCCUGGUGCACUCCUUCCAGCAGCUGGACCGCAUCGACUCCCUGAGCGAGCAGGUCUCCUUCCUGGAGGAGCAGCUGGGGUCCUGUUCCUGCAAGAAGGAGCUGUGACGGCCCACCUCCUCGCCAGCUCUGCUCUGCACCCCACCUCUCCCGGGAGGAGCGGGGCCGGGCGGGCUGAGGGGUCCUCCUGGGUGAACUCAGCCCUGCACCCAGCA